UCCUCAUCGGUGUACCCCAAACCCCUAAACUAAUUGGAAAAAGCAAUCUGUACUCCCAAAUGGCUUGCUCCUCCCACCUACCGCCGUCCACCGACGGCGACAAAGCCACCUCCGCCUCAAUAUCCGCCGUCCAUCCGGACAUAAUCCAAACCCACAUCCUCACCCGCCUCGACGGCCCCACGCUCGCCUCCGCCGCCUGCACCUCCUCCGAACUCCAAGCGCUAGCCUCCCACCAGCCACUCUGGGCCAACAUCUGCCACUCCACGUGGCCCUCCACCGCCGCGCCACGUGUGCGCCAAGUCAUUUCCACCUUCCCCGCCGGCCCGCUCUCCUUCUUCUCGGACUCCUUCCCUCUCCUCGCCAAUCUGGAGCCCAGCACCGCAACCGCAACCGCAACCUCCGGUAUCGCGCCAAAACACGAUCAGGACCGUCCGUGCGAGUUAAUCUCCGCCGUCGAUAUCUACCACCGCGGCAAGCUCAUCCUGAGCAAGGUCAUCGAGACGGAGACCGUGACCGGGUGGUUCCGGUGCUCGCCGUUCCGGAUUGACCUGCUGGACCCCAAGGACGUGGUCCCCACCCAAAUCAAGUACCCGGAGGGGCAGGAGGCCGACACCUGUCGCGACCUCGGGGACGAGCUGACGCUGAGCUGGAUCAUGAUCGACCCGACCAGACGGCGGGCGAUGAACCUCUCGAGCCACGCGCCGGUGUCGGUGCAGCGGCACUGGCUAAGCGGCGAGGUGCACGCGCGGUUCUCGUUGAUUCUGCCGGGGGAGAAAGCGACGGCGUCGGAGCACGUGCAGUGCGGGAUAUUGGUCACGUGCGGGGGGUCGGAGGGAGGGGAGAUGCAGAUAAGGGAGGUGAACUUGCAGGUGGAGGACAUGGAUGGAAUGCACUUGAACGGGAAGGAGGGUUUGGUAAUUUUGGAGAGGGCGUUGGAGGGCAGAAAGGGAAGAAAGGGGAGGAGGAGGGUGGCGGAAGGAAGGAAGAGGUACGAAGAGUACUUGGAGAGGAAGAAGGAAAGGAAGGAGAGGAAGUUGAGGACUGAAGGGACAUUAGACACUUUGUGUGUGGCUUUUGGGGUAUUGGGCUUUUUCGUCUUUUGGCUAUUUAUUUUGUGCAGAUGAUUUUUAUUUAUUUUCUCAGCUAUUUUCUUCCAGUGGGUUAGGGAAAAAAUCUGUAGACUAGGGAAACCCAAAAAAUUAAUCUCAAACGAGACACCAAUGUAAGCGAGAAAUUUGUAUACAAAUCGGGAAAAUACUUUUUCAGUAACGUUUUCUCUUCAAGUAUAAACA